AAGGAAAUGAAUGAAUGAAUGAAACAAUGCACAGCACAUUGUUUUCUCUUUCUUCUUUCUCUAUCCGAAAAAGAGGAUGAUUCACCCAUUCUCUGCAACUUCCCUCACCCACAUUCAUAUUCCAUGCAAUUUCACCUCUUUUCUCUAACCCCAUCUUCAAAAAUCUAAUCUUUUUCUCUUCCAUUGCUUAUUUUCUCUGCUAAAGUCAAAAGUUUUCACCUUAGCUUGAACUUGAAGAGAUUUUAUUAUUACUAUAAUAAUUACAUUAAAAUAUGGCUAUGGCUAUGGCUGCUUGGAGUCUUGGACCUCAAUUCAGUGCUGUUGAUAGCACCAACAGCUUUAGACCUUUGGAAAGGACAAUUUGUAUUGCUCCUUCAUUGAAGACUUCUUCUGGGUUUGUUGCAACUACUGCUACUAAGCUAUCAUGCAUUAUUCACAGUAGAAGAUUGUCAUCUUCCGGAACUACAAUUAUACCCCGAGCAGCACCUGUUACUGAUGUGGAGGAUGGAAACCAAGGCAUCACUGAUACCGUUCCAACUCCAAUAGUUAUAAUUGAUCAAGACUCUGAUCCAGAUUCAACCGUGGUCGAGAUAACUUUCGGUGAUCGGCUUGGGGCUCUUCUUGAUACGAUGAAUGCACUAAAAAACUUGGGUCUCAAUGUUGUUAAGGCAAAUGUCUUUCUUGAUUCCUCCGGCAAGCACAACAAAUUUUCGAUAACAAAAGCUGAUACUGGCAGAAAAGUAGAAGAUCCGGAGUUGUUAGAGCAAAUUCGUUUGACAAUUAUAAAUAAUCUAAUUCAAUAUCACCCGGAAUCAAGUUCCCAAUUGGCAAUGGGAGCAGCUUUUGGACUUUUACCUCCAAAAGAGCAGGUUGAUGUGGACAUAGCAACCCACAUAAACGUUUCCGACGAUGGUCCAAAUCGAAGUUUGUUAUAUGUUGAGACAGCUGAUCGGCCGGGAUUACUGGUUGAUCUUGUAAAGAUUAUUACUGACAUAAACAUUGAUGUUGAAUCUGGAGAAUUUGAUACUGAGGGUCUCUUGGCUAAGGCAAAGUUUCAUGUUAGCUACCAAGGCAAAGCAAUUAUCAGGCCUCUCCAACUGGUUCUUGCUAACAGCUUGAGAUAUUUCUUAAGGCGUCCAUCAACUGAGGAAUCCAGUUUUUAAUGGUAUCUCUUGGUACAAAAAUACAGAACAAUGUAUUUUCCCUUUGGAAUACAUGGUCACCAUGGAAUUGUAUAAUGCUUUGCAUUCUUUUACUUUGGUCAUUUAAUGGAGAAUGUAGUUAAAAAAAAAGCCUUAAAACAUAAAAUUGUUUCACAUGGAUAGGAUUGUAAAUUACUACUGCCUAUUUUAUUAUUAUUAUUAUUAUUAUUAUUAUUA